AUGGAAGAUCCUGGAGGAGGAGGAGGGCCAACGGUCUCCUUUGGCUCUCGAUAUAACGGAUUGCUGGACUGGAACGACCAGGGUACCGAAAGAUCACUUUCCGGUCAGAGACAGAAACAAAAGAAACGAACUGCCUACAGAGACACGCGGUCAGAGGUUAUGUACUUAAAACAAUCCAAAAUGGAAGCUCAACCAAAUGGUCCUAGAUAUCUCAUUCUAAAAAGAACCGAUCCAGGAGAAACGAUAAAAAACGUGUCCCCAUUUUACAUCAAGAAAGCGAUGGACAGCAUCACGACAAACGUGACUAUAUCACGCACCAAGGAUGGAGAGUUAUUGUUGAAGACCACUAACAAACAACAGGCAGAAAAGCUGUUGAAGCAAAGUAAGUUAGGCGAUCAAAUUAGGAUCAAUGUCGAAGAACACCCAACCCUUAACCAAACGAAAGGUAUUAUCAGCUGCUUUGACUUGAAAAUGUUGUCUGAAGAAGAGAUCCUUGAAGGUCUACGAGACGAGCACGUGGUAGACGUCAAGCAAAUCAAAAGAAGGAAUAAUAAUAACACGUUAGAAGGAACAUCAUCAUACAUCCUCACGUUUAACCUCAACCAGCUACCAGAAUCCACCAACGUAGGUUUCUACCCGUGUAAAGUCAAGCAGUAUAUACCAUCUCCAUUCAGAUGUAUGAACUGUCUCAAAUUCGGCCACCGGAAAGAUCAGUGCAAAAGCAACCAGGUUUGUGCCAGAUGCGCAAAUCUAUUCCACGAAGGCGAUUGUAGCAACAAAACAACAUGUGUUAAUUGCCGCCAAGAACACCACACACUCUCGAAACAAUGCCCAGUAUACUACGAUGAAAUCGAGAUCCAGCGUAUCAAGGUCACCGAGAAGCUCUCGAUCCGAGAGGCAAGACAAAAGCGACGACUACAAACACCAAACCCGAUCCCUCCGCGAAUCAACCUGAGCUAUGCGGAAACGGUACGAGGAAGCAACCCGCUUCAAGGGGGAAACGACAAUCAAACGAUAUAUAACAAUCAACAUCAACAAAAAGCACCUAUUGUGAAUCAACGACAGCACCAACCAACAGACUCAAAAAGGAAAUUAGAGCAAAACGGAGUAGUACCUAUUAUCGAGAAGUAUAUAGACACAGCUGAUCAUACGGAUAAGGAAGGGCGAUUACAACAAAAUGGCGAUAGUAUGCGUCCCGUGCAUACAGAAACAGAACUAUCAUCAACAGAAGACCACAGAACCUAUUACGAAGAAAACCAAACAAUCGAAGGUAGCACUAACACAACUAACACUAAUGAACUAAUAAAACAGAACCAAAAUAUCAUACCAGCUAAUACUAACACACAAUACUCCACAGACCUAAACAUGAUUUCACAAGCAGUUAAAGACUCUAUUUUUGUACACGACAAUAGAGUAUCAGAUGAGGAAAUCUUAUAA